AGCUGGGGAUCUCAGUAGGCCGAGGGGAAGAGCGGGCGGGUCGGGGGACAAGUCCGAGCAGAGCCGGGGGUUGGCAGGGCUUCGCGCACCCCUCCGAGCGGCGGUCCAGAGGCUCUCGCUGACCGCGCUAGCUGCGUUUCCUGUGCUCCCGCACCCUGAGCUCAUCUGCAGCCGUCCUGGCGACCGUACCCACCAUGCCUAGCCUUUGGGACCGUUUCUCGUCCUCCUCCUCCUCGUCGCCCUCGUCCUUGUCUCGGACUCCCACCUCAGAUCGGCCGCCGCGCUCAGCCCGGGGGUCGGCGGCCCGAGACGAGGGGCUCGGCCGCUGCGCGAGCCUGGAGAGCUCGGACUGCGAGUCCCUGGACAGCAGCAACAGUGGCUUCGGGCCGGAGGAAGACUCGGCGUACCUGGAUGGAGUGUCGCUGCCUGACUUCGAACUGCUCAGCGACCCGGAGGACGAGCACCUGUGUGCCAACCUGAUGCAGCUGCUGCAGGAGAGCUUGGCCCAGGCGCGGCUGGGCUCGCGGAGGCCCGCGCGCCUGCUGAUGCCCGGCCAGCUGGUGAGCCAGGUGGGCAAGGAACUCCUACGCCUGGCCUACAGCGAGCCGUGCGGCCUGCGGGGGGCGCUGCUGGACGUCUGCGUAGAGCAGGGCAAGAGCUGCCACAGCGUGGGCCAGCUGGCCCUCGACCCCAGCCUGGUGCCUACCUUCCAGCUGACCCUCGUGCUGCGCCUGGACUCACGUCUCUGGCCCAAGAUCCAGGGGCUGUUCAGCUCUGCCAACUCCCCUUUCGUCCCUGGCUUCAGCCAGUCUCUGACGCUGAGCACCGGCUUCCGAGUCAUCAAGAAGAAGCUGUACAGCUCGGAGCAGCUGCUCAUUGAGGAGUGUUGAACCCACGGCAGAGACAAUGGAACUUUUUGGGGUGGACACUGGGCAGGCAGGAGCUGAGGGACUGCUACGCCUGUCCUUAGAAAACUGACGACAGCCACCUGAGGGGAGGAAGGCCGAUGUGGGGGAACAUAGCGUUUCCUAGGAAAGCUCAUUGAGGUGUGUGCAGGUGGCUCCCUUUUGGAGGUACUUGCCCCUUCAGUACUGUAGCAUGAAACAAAGGCUUAGAGGCCAGCCAGGCUCUGGCCGGAUGCGUAGCAUGUACCUUAUUGUUUUUAUUAUUACUGACAGUUAGGACAACAGUGGUGUAACAGGGCCAGGAGAGCAGCUGGGCUGCGCUGGCUUCUGCAAGGGGGUGUGUGCUCAUGAUAGCUGGCCUUGGUGGGAGGGGGGAAGCCAUCGAGGGUGGUUUUGUGUGUCUCAUGGUCUGAAGGGACCAAAUGUGUUUGUUCUUUGUUUUCGUAUCAUUUGUUUUUCUGAUAGGAGCUUCACUACUGACCUGUUCUAGGCAGCUAUCUUACAGACGCAUGAAUGUAAGAGUAGAAGGGGUGGGUGUUGGGAUCACUUGGGAUCUUUGACACGUGAAGAAAAAUACACCUGGAGCUGCAUUCAGCUCAUCCCCCGCUGUGUACUGAGGAGUUGAGCUUGGAGGUGAUGGGGCUGAGUGGAGGUGGGGGCCGGACCUCCCUAGGAGUGCCAUCUGGGUCUUCCAUCUAGAACUGUUUACAUGAAGAUACUCGCUGUUCAUAAAUACACUUGAUGUUCAAGUAUUAAGACCUAUGCAAUAUUUUUUACUUUUCUAAUAAAAAAUAUGGUUUUUAAAAAAGAGUCGUCUCUGUCUCUGUGCCCUGAAAUAAAGAGGGAGGUGGGUGCUGUAAAAGGUGGAUUUCAUCUGACACUGGGAUCCACCUGUGUUUUUCUCAGCCCCUUUCCCAGAGCGCCCACAAACCUAGAAAGGGAGGUAUGUGGACUGCCAAGAGCCCUGGCUCCCUUGGCUCUGUGCUGGCUGAGGCUGGCAGGGAAAGCACUGGAUGGUGAGGGGUCAGACCACCCGCUGAGCCAGAGCCUCUGUAGGGAGAACUCACCUGGCUACGCUGGCUCAGAAGGCACAGGGGCUCUGGAGCCCAAGGUCCUUUCUGGCACUGAAGGUUAGGGCUGGAAGAGACUUUUUUUUUUCUGUUAAAGUCACAGUUCUAUUUUUCUGCCAUCAUAUGAAAAUUGCAAAUCUUAUCUCUGAGCAUAAAAGGUGAGAGACCAGGAGCACCAAGAAAAAAGGUUAGAGAAGGAUGACUUAAUCCACGCCUCCCACUAGGGCUCAGAGAGGGGCGUGACCUCCACCCUGAGGAGGUGUGGCCAGGCCAGGGGCAGACCACUCCCAACAACCCACCACACAGGCGCACAGUCACUCAGAGGUGAAACAAGGAAGGCAGGAGACUGCAGGCCUGUCUUAAAAACACCCUGGGUGAGGUGGA